UCCAGUGCCCCAUCCUCGCGUAAUCGGUGCAGGCGAUAUUCGAAAAUUCGGUGGAAGUUGAAUUUCAGGAAUUGCUGUGGUUUUGCAGGAAUACGAGAUAUGGAGAAGCCGUUGAUAGUGGUGGGGAUCGACGACAACGAUCACAGUUUCUACGCUUUGAACUGGACCUUGCAGCACUUGUUCUCCUCUGGAUCGGAGAAUUCCGCGUUUAAGAUCGUCCUCGUCCACGCCAAGCCUUUCGCGGUGGACGUCGUCCGCCUCGCUGGUCCAGCUACUGCUGAAAUGUUGAGUAUUGUGGCGAAAAAUUUGGAGGUUGUUGCAUCUACGGUGAUGGAAAGGGCGGAAAAUUUGUGUAAAGCUAAAUCGGUCAAUGAUGCGAUUUUUGAAGUAAUUGAAGGCAAUUCGAGGAGUGUUCUCUGCGAGGCUGUGGAAAAGCACCACGCAUCCAUGUUAAUCGUCGGCAGCCAUGGCUAUGGAGUUCUAAAGAGGGUUGUUUUAGGAAGUGUGAGUGAUUACUGUGCUCACCAUGCUCAUUGCCCUGUUAUGAUUGUGAAGAUGCCUCCAAAGAUCAAGGUUUAGAUCUUCUUCCUUCGUAAAUUCCCAUUCCCAUUCACCUUCAAAGGAAAUUGAUGUUUCUGCCAUGGCUGCACUUCACUCCUGAUGAUCAAUCCGAGCCGUCGAUCAUUUGAACGUAUUUUAUUUAUUGAAACUGGGAGUUACUUUUAUGUAUUUUUUGGUUAAAAUGCAUUAAGGUUAUAUAUAAUGUAAUAAAUCUAAUAAAUUCAAAUUUAAUAAAAAGUUCCUCCUCGUGAAUAAUUAU